AUGGGUCGAAGAAGCAAAGUGGAUUUGAGGAGGAAGAAACUUCAAAAAACUAGGGGCUGGCUCGCCCCGGAGACAAGGGGAAGAGAAGAGGUCAACUUUGAAGUUUCUGAUGCCUUGUACAUUACUGAUUCUGUGACAGAAUUGAGGACCGCAUUUUACAUGGAACUUAUUUUCUGCAACUGGGUUUGGGUAUUUCUUCUAUACUGUUGGCUCAUCUUUGCAGUUGGAUUCUCCGUGGAAGGACUACAUGGAAAUUCAAGAGUAAGAGGGGUGAACUUGGGCGGAUGGUUGGUCAUUGAAGGGUGGAUAAAACCUUCUCUUUUUGAUGAUAUCCUCAAUGGAGACAUGCUUGAUGGAACAGAGGUUCAAUUCAAAUCAGUGACUCUGCAGAAGUAUAUUUCUGCUGAAAAUGGCGGCGGCUUGGAGGUUAGGGUUGACAGGGAUAUUGCUUCGUCAUGGGAAACAUUUCGGUUAUGGAGAGUUUCUGAGUCAGUCUUCCAGUUCCGUACCUCUCAAGGUCAAUUUCUGACAUGCAAUGCUGAUGGAGGCAAUGUGACUGCAGCAGCAGAAUCAGCAUCUGUUACAGAAACAUUUUAUAUAGAAAGAAAUCUUAACAAUCGAGUUCACAUCAAACUGAAAACUGGAACUUAUCUACAGGCUUUAGAAGCCAACCAGCUUACGGCAAACUAUCUAGGGACACCAGGAUGGGAUGAUAAUGCUGCGACAUUUGAUAUGAUAAUUGUAUCAAAUACUUUGCAUGGAGAAUACCAGCUUGCCAAUGGACAUGAACAUCACAAGGCGAAAGAAAUUUUUAAGAAGCAUAGAAACGCAUUUAUCACUGUAGAAGAUUUCGAUUUCCUGUAUAGGCAUGGAAUAAAUACUGUGAGAAUACCUGUUGGCUGGUGGAUAGCUUUUGAUCCGAAUCCUCCGGCUCCUUUCACCGGGGGAAGUUUGGAAGCACUUGAUAAUGCAUUCUUAUGGGCACAAACCUUCAGCAUAAAGUGCAUAAUUGACCUUCAUGCAGCUCCAGGCUCUCAAAAUGGGAUGGAACAUAGUGCUAGUCGAGACGGGACGACAGGAUGGCCUACAUCACCAGAUCAUAUCUCACAGACACUGGAUGUAAUAGAUUUUCUUGCUUCCAGGUAUGCCAAUCAUCCUGCCUUGCUGGGGAUCGAACUUUUAAACGAACCAUCAGCAGGCUCUGUUCCUCUGGAUAUCCUGGUUUCGUUUUACAAACAAGGAUACCAGAUUGUUAGAAAAUACUCAUCAACAGCAUAUGUAUUGUUCUGCCAAAGAAUUGGCAAUGCAGAUCCAUUUGAACUCUACCAAUCCAACUUAGGCUCAGAGAAUACAGUAGUUGAUUUGCAUUUUUACAAUCUGUUCGACAACUUUUUCGCUAACACAAGUUCUCUAGACAAUAUUCAGUAUAUUUAUAAGAAUAGGGAAACACAGUUACAAGCUCUGAAUAGUGCAAAUGGACCGCUUGUCUUUGUUGGGGAAUGGGUGAACGAAUGGAAUGUCACCAGUGGAUCCCAAACAGACUAUCAAGAAUUUGGAAGAGCUCAGUUAGAGGUAUAUAAUGCCGCCACCUUUGGUUGGGCUUACUGGACGCUAAAGAACUACAAUAAGCACUGGGAUUUUAAGUGGAACAUCCGGAACAACUAUCUUCAACUACAGCUGGGUUGUUCAUCGAGCAAGCAAAUUUUGAACCUUGUAUUGUUGCUCGGAUUGGCAUGCGGCUGCUAUUUUCUGCUUUGA